GAUAAGAGCUGAGCCACAAGAACUCUUCCAGGGCUAUGGUAAUGGUUAACCAGAUAAUUCUUUUUGGGGGGCGGGACUUGCAAACAGACACAAUUUUUUAUCAACGUUUUUACCCCUCUCUGCUUGCUUGCCCCUCUCAAAAAGUUACAUUAAUUUCUACGGGACGCAAAAUGGAGGGGACGUUGGAUAAAGAGAAACCAGAGUUGGAAUAUGAUGAUAAUCUCGAUGAUAACCAAGGUAAAUGACCUCUGAACAUUGUCUCUAUUCUGUGUUUUAUAGUGAAAUAUCCGAUUAUUUCUCAGAUAUACCAUUGUGUUCUCUGGAAAAGGUUACUAUCUUAGUCCUAGUAUGAGUAUGUUAUACUGUCCUUGUAUUUGUUAACAUAGACUCUAUUCAUGCAUAUUCCUGCCAAUGUAUUUUGCUGCAAACUGGGUCACAAAGGACUUACUGAUGGUUGAUCUAUGCAAACAGAUGCACCACUAAGAUGAUUGCAACUCAAUAGGAACAUGUAUUUGGAAGACACUUUCACUGUAGAUGUUCUCUGUCUGUGUCCACAUACAAGUAUGUUUCUGAUACUGUAUGUUCGUAGUCCCAGACACCAUGUACUAACAUGUACUAAUCAUCCUAUACCAAUACUGUUUUCAAUUCAACAUUUUCUUUUAAAAGCAGCUCAAACAAAAACAUGUAAGAAUGAACUAUAGCCAUUGAAUUCUACUGUGAAAAUAUACUGUGCGUUAUAGGGGAAUAAUGCACGCUCUAGAAUGCCCUUUAAGCCAAUCAGAAAGGAGUAUUCAACAAUGCCAUGGUAUAACAUGUACUAAUCAUCCUAUACUUUGGUCUGCUGGUGGUUUAUAUAACUGCUGCUACAUAGCUGCAUUGGUUUUGCAGUCAAUUUCUGACACAAAUCAUACAACAGCAUAAACCACCGGAACAUUCAAAUAUGGAGAGAGUUUUGUUACUACAGUAUAAACCAGUGAUUGAUCAGGUAGAGAGAGGACAGUGAACAAAAUCAGAAUGAAACAAAGUUCCUAACCCACUUUUUAUUGAACCAUUGUCUGUUAAUAAAUAUAUAUUUUUUAAUGUGUCUUAUACUCUGACUAUUGAUGUAUCGAAUUCAAAUGAUGAAUGAGAGUGAAGUGUCCUGUCUGUCAUUGAUGGCUGGCUGACUGACUGGCUGGCUGACUGGUGUAGGUUGGUUGGUGUUACAGGUGGGAUCCGGCGGCGGCUAAGAGACAGAGACCUUCUCAAGAAAAGAAAGGCAGAGGCCGAGGAGAAGGCGACUAACCAGUGGGUUUAUGGGUAAAUGUAGACGUUAAGAAAAGGUGCAGAACUAGUCAUGCACACUCAUCCUUUAACAAACAUGUUAGAGUUAGGAAUAGGCCUCGAUUUGAGCCGCUAAUGACUGCGAUUUUGUGCUUCAGCCGACAAAAAUGUGUUUAACUAGAAACUUGAGUGGACUGUGUGGGCUUCAGUACAGCUGCCAAGCCCUUUGACCUUAUUGGCUUACUCUAGUGCUUACGUGCUUAAACAAGUUUGGCUGAAAAGCCACUUAACAUUACUUUAUGUUUUUGUAUGUUUAAAGAAUGUAAGACCUGAAAAUAGUAAUAGAUGUGUUAUACAUGCAUGAAUAAAGUUGUGUACAUGAAACAGUAUAUUUUAUAAUGAUCGUAGUUGGCUGCCUAUCAGUCUUCCAGCGCAUAUUAUCCAAUAUGGAGCAAGAGGAAACCAAAGGUUGCUUAGGUGUUCCCAACUAUUGGCACCACACAUUUAAAUCAAGGACUUUGCACUAUCAACAAUGAAUGAAUGAAUAUGGCCAAGCAUAUCAACCUCCGUCAGCUGCACAGUGUAAACAUUCCAGUUGAGAGGAAGUGUAUAACGACGACCCACGAUUACAUUUCUAUUUGUGUGACAUCAGGGUGGAGAGCAGGAGGAAGAGAGUGAGAGGAAGAGAGGAGAAGAGUAGCUCGGGAAGAAGAGGAAGGCCGAGGAAGACUGAUCCAACACCGGAGCUCCCGGCUUCCCAGGAAGAGCCAGAACAGGAGGCUGUCAUUGUUAAGGUGGUGUCCAAACCAGUUGAAGUCACCCCUGCCCCUACCUUGAUCUCACUAUCCCCAUUCCUUCCGGUGGACCCUAGCCCACCAGAAUCACUACCGGCGUACGUUCCCCCCGUCCCAGCCCCUAUCCCUAUCCUUGCCCCUGCUCCUGUGCUUGUUGUUGCCCCUUCUCCAAUGUAUAACCCUGUUACUGCCCCUGCACCGUCUCCGUUGGAGACACUGUACACAAAAGGCAGUGAUCAGGGUAGUGACCCCCUGGACCAGGUGCUGAUUGAGGACUUGGGUCCUGAUGAGAAGGAAGACAUCCCUCCAUCUCAAAACAACCAGGGCACUGAUCAAGGUACUAAUGACAUCAAUUAAAUCAUGUCUCUUUGCAGUCAUGUACUUGACUUCUGAAUGUACUGAAGUGGCUGGCCAAUGAGCUCACUGUGAUGUUAUCUAGCUGUGGGGAUAUGAUCUUGUCACAUAUAGUAUAACCAGAAAUGUUAAACUAACCACCUUUCUGUCAUAGGUUCAAGUGAGGAGCUGUCUGUCAAAGUGCCUGAACAAAAUAGAGUGUUCUCUACGUUCCCCAGGUUCUCCACUGGCGCUCCUUCAGAAGAUCAUCCGCCAAGAAACUUCUUCUGAAAUCCACGCUGAUCUGGCCUCUGAUAACAUACAUACAGAUUACAUGCAUAGUAAUCUAUUCUGUCAACAUGUGCAUUUGGAUUGAGAGGUGAUGCCGUUGGUUAACUCAUUUUUGUAAUUUUGAGCCUGAUAGAGUACGGAUGCGAAAUAUAUCGAAAUGUAAUGUUUGUACAAUGAAAUGCAUGAAUUCAAGCUUUAAACCUACCCAUGGAUUUAUUUAUUUUUUGCUUCAUGAAUGGUGUCUGAAAUGUUAUGUUGCAAGAACUGCACUAUCUGAAUUUACAAAAUUAUUUGUACAAGCUAAAUAUGGCAGCAUUUGAAAGUACAUUUGUAUUUAAUCAUUUCUGGUAGCUGUGUUUUCUAAUUGUGAUUUUAUUUUAUACUAAUUGUUUAUUUGAGAUAAGCGCUAUGAUAAUAAAGGUGUGAUGCUUUGUUGAUAAUAUGACCGUAUCCUUGUUAUGAUCAAUUAUUAAAACAAGAACAAGUGUCACUUGCUUAAUAGUGCCCUCUGCUGUCCUUUUACAGUAGUGAAAAAAUAUUUAUUUAUACGCUUUUCAUCCAUAACUCUCCAACAGGACACGAGUUUGAUGUUUUACUUCACAAUUUACAUAAUAAUUUGCGCCUGCUUGCUACGGUAUUCAGUCACCGCUUUCCAUUAGUAAGUUGCUGGUUGGCCAGCUAGAAAUGACGACACACACAUGUGCGGAAGCAUUUCAGCAGAUUUGCCCAUGUGUACCUUUGUUAGGCAGCGUAAACAAUCUGAUAUUUUACAACAUUAUCAGAUGUUAUUGAAUGAAUUCAGAUCGAUUUAAUCUAUUCAAUGACAAACUAGCAAAGCAAUCAAGACGCUAUCAAAAUGUCUGCCUCUUGCAACUGUACCGAGCAUGUCAACAAACUCCACCAGCAGAUAUCUGUUAUGCGAAAAGAAAUCAAGAAUCUCAGGUAUGAAAUGAAUGCAUAAUGCAACAAAUGGCUUCUUGGAAAAAGCAUCUAGCUAAGUCGUUAUCCGUAUUACAAACUGACUAUAUGCUGCUGACCAUAAUGUGUCAACACAGGUAUUUGCAUGUUUUCCCCCCAGGCAAUUGUUGGACAGUGCUGUUCGUUCUCAUCGAAAACACAUGACAUCUCUCCAGUCUGCUCUGACACACCUUGGCCAGAGUCGAUCUCCAAAGAGUCAGCUAAGGCCACAGGCAGACAUAGAGACACAGAAUUCACUUGAGAAAGGUAGCUAGCUAUGACACUCGAUCUCUCGCUUAUAUCCCUCUCUUAUAUCUUCCUCGCAUGACUUGUCUUGACCAUUGUGUUUAGCUUUAUCUGACUGGCACUUAAUUAAAACUUCUAUUCAAUAUAGAAUCAAUAUAGAAAUAUCGCACAUAGAAAGGAUCUUCCGCUUAUCAGACUUGCUUCCAAUGAGAAUAACUUUAAAUGAGAACGACAGAUCUAUAGCUUGCAUUUUUAUCUGAGAUCUGUCGGGUCGGGCACAAAGCUAGAUAAUGGAUCUUUUAAUUAAUGUUCGAAUGUGUCAAUUUCUACUUCACAGGGACCAUCCAGACAGUCCCCAUAGGUUACAUCAGCUCCUGUUUCUCAGUGAAGAAUGGUACCCCCAGACAGCCAACCAUAUGUGGGCCCUCCAGGGCCACCCUUCAGAUCCAGCAGAGUGUCUUCAACAACCCUGAACACUCACUGGUCGGCCUGGACAACUACUCUCAUGUCUGGUACGUACUAGAGACUGGGAUACGGAGCUAAACUUAGGAGAGGUGGUAGCUAGCUAAACUUAAGGCUGUUUAAGAAGGUGGCAAUUGCAGUACUACAUAAAACAAUCUGUAUUUUUUGCAAAGACAAUUCUCUCAUUAGCAAAACGUUUCAAGGAUGUCAAUCAUUUUCUUAGUCAUGCACUUUUUUGAUCAACUUACCUCCCAACAUUCCCAAUUUGUCUACACAUGUACAAUAAAUACAUAAGCCUGCUGUCACUCAUUCCAUUUCCAGGGUGGUCUUCCUCUUCCAUAAGAACGGCCACCUGAGUUAUAAGGCUAAGGUGAAGCCACCCAGACUGAACGGCCAGAGGGUAGGGGUGUACUCCACACGUAGCCCCCACCGGCCCAACGCCCUGGGUCUGACCCUGGCCAAGCUAGACAGAGUCACAGGUUAGUAUCAGUCGCCAAAACCAGCUCGAAUUGCUUUGCUGUUCUGCGCAGUGUGACGGUGCAUCCCCUAAUAUAUAACCCCCAGAAUGUUGCAGUCUCUUUUCAGGUUGAGCAGUACAUUGUGUAUGUAUGUGUGUGUGUGAGAGAGUGUGUGUUUUUAUAGGGUGUAUCAGACAUUAUUGCAGGCAUGUUCUAGCCUUAUUGUCCCCCUAAUUUAUAAGCUUGGCAUGCCAUAGGAACACUAUUGUUCAAUUUCGAACUGCCUGCUAUGUGGUUUCUACUUUCUCUAGAUGACACACUUCAUCUGAGUGAGAUAGACAUGAUCGCAGGCACCCCUGUCCUGGAUAUCAAACCCUACAUCUCUGACUAUGACUCCCCACACAGUAGACUGGACAUUGACACAGAUACUUAUGACUGUGGCGUCCAACCUGAGGGCACCAAUGUACCAUCAGAAGAGGGGACCACCAGUGUGGAGAGUUUGCAUUCAGACUCAAUAGCUUCUUUCUCCUGUACUGAUGAUCCCCAGUUGGACUUGGGGGUUGAGAGAGGGGAAUAGUCAUAGAACAGAUCCCAGAAUAUUCCACUCAAAAGACAAAUCCAAAGUUCACAUCCACCGUCCAGGCGAUGCCUCCAGCUCUUCUGCUCCUAAAGCCCCAUUCAAAGACCUCACCACUGUGCUGGGGGAGCUCAAGGCCUACAUCAGCCAGGGAGAUGACCACCUCACCCUGGGGAGCUCUGUAGGAAAGUCCCAGGCUUCAGAUGGCCCUAAAGCCAAGCCAUUGGAGCCAGUGGAAGAUAGUGCUAGGCCUUGCUAUGGGCAAGAGGCCUACAGCACCAUCGCUGGCUGGAUCAGGGAGCCUCCUGUGACCAAUCUGGAGGUGCGCUUCACCCCCCAUGCAGAGAGAGAGCUGGGGCAGUUCCUUGCCCCCAUCAAUGCAGGUAAGCCUAUAGAAUUCCCCCUGAGCUGAGGUUGACUUGAGAGCUUUAUUAUUGCUUUUUAAAAGGGAGCUCCAUUGUAGCGCCAAUUGUUUUUGCAACGUGUUUUGUAUAGAUAUCAUUGCAUCUCAUGCCUAAACUCUUACCAGAGUAAAGUCAAUGGUAUUAAAAAAGUAAUGUUUCUCCGUCAUCCAUUGGCCAUCAUUUUUCAUUUGGCCUAUUGUUAAAGUAGAUCUAUGUUCACUGGCUUCUUCCUCUCUGAAUGUCCCCGUUUCUCUAGAACCUCGUGACCGACCCAGGUUCCGGUUCCUGCGCGGUCCAAAGGAAGCUGCGGCCGCCAUCAAAGGGGUCCUAUCUGCUGACCCCAGGUCAGUGUAUCGGCGGAGCCGCUGUAAGGACAGACUCUUCUUCUUCACCUUGGACACGGCAGACAUCACCUGCUGGUUCGGACAGGGCUUCGCUGAGGUGCUCCGGGUCAGACCGGUGGCUGUUGGAACAGAACUGGCCAGCUGAAUGCUUCUGGUUCUAUGGAUUGACUUUGGAAUCAGCACUCAAUAAUUGUUUUACAGGUGAAUCUGAGAAAAUAUGAAUAUUUAACUAAAUAAAUGCAAUGUUAUAAACAAUUGUUUUAUUAAAACAUGG